AUGCAGCGCUUUGCCAACCCACUCCUCAGGCACAUCAUCCACAGAGGCCGCUUUGAUGCCGCAUCACAGACACGGUGCCUGCAAUAUUUGAAAGCUCUGCGGGCACUGCAGCUUAAGGGUUUCAACACCGUUUUUUUAGGAGAAACGGAUAUUCCAGAAAGCCUCGUAACAGGAGAUAAAAAAGCCGAGGAAGACAGCCUGAGCUGGCCAGUAUGGACACUCGUUCAUGCAGGCAGCAGCCAAGGGUGGGUGCCUUGGAGGUACAGACUGCUGUUAAGAGAUGAACUGUCCAUUGACUGGCAGGAAGCCAUCUUUCAGGAGCUAUGUGAUUCUCUGACUCUGUCCUAUGGAAAAUGUGUAAUUGUGACCAGGGAGAAAAGGCAGCCGAUACCCGUGGGGACCAAAGAACUCAAGGAUCAGGAGCCAGGCACUCAGCCUUCAGCCCCACCAGUCACCUACAUGUCUAGCAUUAAGUGUUGCCCUGAAAUUGCUAGAGCCAAUGGCCAUGAGCUUCUUGCUGUACCCUCAUCUUACAGCUACCUCUAUCCGCUAGAUGUCGCCUGGUCGUCUUUGAAAUGGUUUAUUAUAAACAACAGGCAGGGCUUUGCCCUGAGGUCUUUUGAGAGGACCUACUCCUAUAGGUGCAUCCUCCUCAGCGACUUGAUUGUGAAAGGAAUAGAGAAGAUGACUCCAAGCAAAUGGAAGAUAGCGACCAACAAAGCGAAGAGAUGGGAAAACUACUACCUGGACACAUUUUCUUAA